UCUGAUAAAAGUGAUUCUUUAACUUCCUCUGGAGCAGCAGAAACUUGUUUUGAACAACUCCAGCCCUGUCUUUACAGCUAUUUACUUUUGCAAGCCCAGCAGCCGUAGUAAAGAAUGCAAGUCACAGCGGCCAUUGAAGGAAAGCUCAUGCUGGAAAUGUGUUGCAAAGGCAGCCAGCCUUGCUCUUUAUGAACAGACGAUGGCAUCCAAAAGAGAAAUCAGAGGGACUUGGGUCUCAGCAGGCAGUGUCUGGCCAGCCUGCGGUGUCAGCCUGAGACCAGCAAGAUAGAGCAGGCUCUUGAUGGGGGAAGGGUAGGGUAGGCAUAGCCCCCUAGACUUGUCCAUGAACUAACACACUUGUCCAACCUAUGUUUUUCUUGCAGACACAGACUGUUCAGCUUAACAAAGAAAUGACUCUGGCCAGCAACCGCAGCCUGGCAGAGGGAAACCUUUUAUAUCAGCCCCAACUGGACACUCGGAAAGCAUGUUUGACCCAAAAAUACCAGGAGCUCCAGGUUCUCUUUGAAGCCUACCAGAUAAAGAAAACCAAAUUAGUAGCAUUAAAAGGAGUCACUGAUACAUGAAGACCAUGGCCUGAGAGAUGAUGCUGAGUGAAAGAAGGCAAUCAGAGCACAUUCUGUCUGGUUGCAGAGGUCAGAGUUGGGGGAGUUGCUGGGAGUGAGAAUGUUCUCUGUCUUGAUCGGGUGGGGUACUAGUGGUGGUGGUUGGGGUUUAUACAUAUGUAAGAAUUUGAGUUUUGGAUGGGUGCCAGUAGCUCAUACCUGAAAUCCUAGCUACUCAGGAGGCAGAGAUUGGGAGGAUCAUGGUUUGAAGCCAGCCCUGGGUAAAUAGCUUACAAAACCCUACCUUGGAAAAAUCCAUGACAAAAAAAGGGCUGGUGGAGUGGCUCAAGCUGAGUUCAAACCCCAGAGCCCCAGUACUGCCCAAAAAAAAGAAUUUGAGUCUUUUACUUCAGAUGUGCAUGCUUGAUGUAAGUUAUGACUCAAAAAAUAGGAAAAACAGCUGGGUAUUGUGCACACCUGUAAUCCUAGCUACUCAGGAAGUGGAAGCAGGAGGAUCACAAGCUUGAGGCCACUGUGGCCAACUUAGUGAGGUUUUGUCUUAAAAUUUUAAAAAAGGCUGAUGGUGUAGCUCAGUGGUAGAGAACUUGCCUAGCACGCACAAUUCCCUGGUGUGGCCAAAAAAAAAUAAAAAAAUCAGUGUUAUUACAGUUAAAGUCACAUUCGAAACUAGCUGGUCUGUGGGCAGAUGGUGAUGAGCACUAAGUGCUCUGAUGCACGAUGCUGGCUCCGAGGCUGCCCCUGGCCACUUUUUCUCUGGACUUAAGGCCUUUGAGCUUUUUGGAAAGUCAGCUCACAAUAGGUGUGACGCUCCCGUUACCUCUCUGGUUGAAAAUAACUUCUUUGAUGGGGAAGUGGGAAGGUGUCUCCUGAGGUGCCUCUCACCACACUCGUUCCUCUUGCUUCUUCCAGAUCAACAGUCUAACAGUGCUUCCUUGGAGACCCUGUUGGCACUUCUUCAAGCAGAAGGAGCCAAGAUUGAGGAAGACACUGAGAACAUGGCAGAGAAGUUUCUCGAUGGAGAACUUCCCCUAGAUGCCUUCAUUGACGUCUACCAGAACAAGCGGAAGCUUGCCCACAUGCGGCGGGUGAAAGUUGAGAAGCUCCAGGAGCUGGUGUUGAAGGGGCAGAGACUCCCACAGGCCCCUGCUCCGCUGCCACCCAGGAUGCCUGAGGCGGCACCUGCUGCCCCUGUGCCCUAUCCUGCCCUGGAAGCCAGUGGACCCCCCUCUGUUGUGCCUCGGCGCAUCCCCCCCCCUCCACCCCCCGUGCCUGCAGGACGCUUAGCCACCCCAUUUACCACUGCCAUGGGCUCAGGACAGGCCAUUCCAUACCCAGAAUUACAGUGCCCGCCUCUGCCCCCCCGGGUGGGCUUCCCCACUCAGCAAGGAUUCUCUGCGCAGCUUGUGUCCCCAUACCCGCCAGCUCUUCCUCAGAGACCCCCACCGCGGCUGCCUCCCCACCAGCCCGGCUUCAUCCUCCAGUGAUCGCCAGUGUCCAUCCUUCUGGGAGAUGCCCUCCACCUGCUGUGCCAGGCUCUGCAACAGAGGCUGCAAGGUCCGGCUGCUGGGCUGAGGGCUUGGGCGCCCUGGGGCCUGCAUGUCCAUCAGACUUUAGCACUGUAGGUCAGGGGUAAGUAGAAGUAGAGACCCAGGUUGUGUACACCAAGGAAGCGGUGCACUGGGCUGCAGCCUGGCCUGCCUGUGCACUGCAUCAGUUUGUGUUCUGGGUGAUUUCCAAGUAUUGUAGUGUUGACAAACUGAUGCAUUUGGGAAGAAAAAGCUUCUCUCCCACUCCUGUUUAGAAUCGUGGUCCUCCCAUUGCAGCUUUAUUUAAUAAGCAUGGUCAGUUGUAUCUUUUAAAAAAAACCAGUGCUGUAUAUUUCGGUUCAUCAGCUGUCGUGGCCCUGGCGAGGGCAGUGUGGUCUGGCCAGCCCAGAACAUGUGCCCAUGGCCUAGCCACCAUGUGCAGCUGUGUCACUCAAUUGAGUUUGUAUGGGGCAGGUCAUCAGUCACCCUCAUCUGGCUACUUCUUGUGCUUCAAAGCCACAAGCAAAAGUUUGCACUUGGUCUCCUGCCGUGUCCAGAGGCCUGGAGAGGUGCGGGAGACAAGUGUGGGCUGGCCUUUGCACAGCACGUUCCCUGGCCCCUCUGCCUGAUACUCUCCUGAUAUUUUUACUAUGUGUGUAAUUUUCCUGUUUUAUAGUGGCAAAGUCUUUUGACACAAGACCAUUCAGGGAAACUCUUUAAAAAAUGCAGGUGAAGUGAAUGCAAUUUCUUUUCGUGCAAGCAGUGCAUGGUCACACCUGCGGGUGCCCGUGCUGUGCCUUAGAUUCACCUGGUGCCAGGACUCAGAUGUCUGUGAGGUGCUGGACACGGCCAUUCAUUGGUGGCCCUACAUUCCUGGAAGGGCUUGUCCAAGUUCAUUGUCUUACCACAUACAGGAGAAAAGUUUGGCCCCUUUCAACCAGGAUUUGCUCGGGCAGUGUUCUCUGCUCUGGCUGGCAGCAUCUGGGCUUAAAGAGGGUGGGGCGGUUUGGAGAGAGCCUGAGCACCAGCUUUUCCCUCCUCUGGGAUCUUGUCUACAGGUGCCAUGUGUUCACAAAAAAGGCUUCUGUGCUCAUUGGUGGCACUUAAGCCCUACCCUGUCACCUGUGAUCAGCUGGCGGCUGGUCCCAGUGAGCCAUCAGCCGUUGUCCUCAGUUUCUAUACUCCUCCUGGACUUGAACUCCACUGUAUUUUAACUGUUUUGUAAAGAAACCAAGCUGUUUGGGAUGAUUCGCUGCCAUGCCAAUCUGUGGAUCUCAAGCCAGCAGUGCCACCUCCCCUGGAUGCCACAGCCACUGGCAAGAAUGUCCAUGGCCCUGCUGCCACUUACAAGCUUGGGGUGGAUGUUGUGAGGGGCCGCUUAGGCUGGCUGUGCCAUUGCGGUCCAUGACCACGUCUGGCACUGGAUGUAAAGCUGUAGGACCCUUUUUAAUAAAUGGAGAAUUGUUAAUAAUAGUCCUGUCACUUCUUUACCUGGGGAUGUUCACAACUUGUUCUAGAACAUCAGUGGUCAGAGUUCCAGUAGGGCUGACUGAGCCUGUACUUACUAUUUUUUGGUGAACCAGGGUUUGAACUCAGUGCUUCUUGUUUGCACAGCAGGCGUGCUACCACUGGAGCCACCACACAUCCACUUUUUUCUGUGGCUAAUUUGGGAUGGGGUAUUGCAGAUUUGGCCUGGAGCCUCAAUCCUUACAGUUUCAGCCUCCUAAAGUAACGUAGCUAGGAUUACAGGUGUGAGUCACUGGCCUCUGGCUAAGCCUGCUCUGCCUGUCCGGUCAUCAGCACUACCAGUGGGCCUCUUAGCUCGUCCUGCGUUUCAGCAGUCUCGGCAGGAAGCAGCACACUGCACUUGCGAAUAGGAGUGUCCUCAGGAUUGCACCCGUGGUGCUGGUGACACGAGGCUUGGGCUGUCCAUUGACAGAAACUUGCACUUGCCAGGAUGCUCGCUGAUUAGUUCAAAUGGCAGGAUUUCAGUGGUUCUGAUGUUUUGCUUUGGGGGCUUGCCAGCAGGUGUUCAAGGAGACACUGGCAUUGCCAUACCAAGGCCCAGUGGAUGCUGCUUCGCUCUUGAGGGAGAGGGAGGAGGGACCCUGCCUCCUGCGCAGAGCUGCAUACCUGUGCCCAUUGUCCUUCCGAGCUGUGCACCUGCACCUCCGCAUGCCCGCUGCCCCUGGCUGAGCAGUUUAUCUGGGCUGCAGUGCCUGGGCUUGAACAUCAAGAGCAUCCCUGCUCGAGCCGACCUAGGACCGCCUCCCCUGAGGCGGCCCCUCCUCUACAGCGUCCCAUGAUGGCACACAGGAGCUGCC